AUGGAAGCGGUCGAUGAGGAGCAGCAUUCUGGUAAGGGUCAGAGUACGGAACAGGAGCCGGUAACGAGUUUCCGACGUCGCCGAAAAGGUGAUGGAAGAAGUUUACGUCUGGAAAAAGCUGCAGCCAAACGGAAACGUCAAGAAGCACGACGAAAAUUGCGAGAAAAACUGGGAGAUGCUGCGCCACCAAAAGAACAACCAAGAACAAUAGAAAAUCAGAGAGAGUACGACAUCACUAUGGUAGAGCCUGAGGAUCAAGAGGUCAUGCACGACGAGGCUAACGACGAAAUGAGUUCGUACUUCAAUAGAGAAAUCCCACCUAAAGUGGUCAUAACAACUUCCCCAUACGCAAAAGUUAAAACCUUCAAAUUUUGUUACGAGUUACAAAAAUGCAUACCUCACGCGCGUGUUGUCACUAGAAAAGGUCUUGCUCUGAAAAAAGUAGUUAAGCAGGCAAUAGCAAAUGGUUAUACGGAUGUAGUCGUUGUACACGAAGAUGCGCGUAUGCCAAAUGGAAUAGUCUUGUGUCACCUGCCUGAUGGUCCAACAGCAUAUUUUAAAAUCAACAGUUUUAAACCAUCAAAAGAAAUAAAGGUACGAGCAAGAAAAAAGCGUGUUUCCCCGUUACAGAAUGUCGGUGAGUCAACGGAACAUUUUCCUGAAGUAAUACUGAACAACUUCAAUACACGUCUUGGGCAUACUAUUGCUCGUAUGUUUGCAAGCCUUUUCCCUUACGAUCCGAUGUUUAAAGGACGGCGAGUUGUGACUUUCCACAAUCAGCGAGAUUACAUAUUUUUUAGGCACCAUAGAUAUGAAUUCAAAAAGGAUGGAGAGAAGGCUGCGUUACAGGAAUUAGGACCACGUUUUACUUUACGUCUGAAAUGGCUGCAAAAUGGUGUAUUUAAUUCACGGUCGGGAGAGUAUGAGUGGGUCUUGAAGGUACGCUUGCAUAAUUUCAUAUCUGGAAAUUUUAUAUCUUAUCGUUUUAUUUUUUGGUUAAAGUUGCACAUCUGUUGGAGCUAUGCUUGCUGA